GCCACAGCGGAGGCUUUGAAAGGGACCAGGAAGAAAAACGGGAGUGUUUUCCGGAGCACGUGAGCAAAAAUUACCGCCAGCAAGGGAACGGCCGACAAAGCAAGGCUUUAUUGCUUUCGUUUGUAAUCAAGAGCUCAGGAAUUAUUCCCCGGCGGCUCUGCGGUUCGACAGGGAGGAGAAGGAAGGCUCGGCCGGCGCCCCCCGCUGGGGCAGCAGCUGUGGUAGCGCCCAGGCUCGUGGGUUGGCGCGCGGUUCGAAAAGUGCGGGGCGCGCGCGCCGGCGCUGAGCGCUGCCUCCCCUCAGCGCGGCCCCUCCGCUCCCCGGCUCUGAGCGCUGCCUCCCCUCAGCGCCCUCAGUGCGGCCCCUCCGCUCCCCGGCUCUGAGCGCUGCCUCCCUCCGCUCCCCGGCUCUGAGCGCUGCCUCCCCUCAGCGCGGCCCCUCCGCUCCCCGGCUCUGAGCGCUGCCUCCCCUCAGCGCCCUCAGUGCGGCCCCUCCGCUCCCCGGCUCUGAGCGCUGCCUCCCUCCGCUCCCCGGCUCUGAGCGCUGCCUCCCCUCAGCGGCCUCCCCCACAGCUCCGGCUCCCUCCGCUCCUCUCUCAAGGCCGGGUGUCCGCGGCUCCCGACUGCGCUGCUCGGACACCGGUUCCGCCCCUGGGGCACCUCUGUCACCUGCGAGCCUCGGCGCGGGUCAGCUCCGGUUCUUCGGACGAGUCGCGAUUUCAGCAGCGCCCUGCGCGGUCUGAAAGGCCGCGGGGAAGCAGCGGGCACGGAACGCACCAGUUCGGCUCUCACAAACGCUCCAAAGCGCUCGUCACCUCCUCCUGUGGCAGCAUAAAGUCAAAUACUCGGGGCUGUAAACGGGCAGUGAUUCUGAGAAAUGGACGAGGGCAUUUUUCAAGCUUAUGAAGAUGAAAUUCAGGCACUGGAAGAAGAAAUUAGGCUGUUGACAGAAAAGUAUGAAGAUAUGCAACAAGAAUCCACCUUCUUUUCUGAUGAGGAGAUACUGAAGUCAAUAAACUCAUUCCAAAGAGCAACUCAGGGAGAAACCAAGGAACAUGCAUCUCUAUCCAACUUGAAAGCUCAGCUUGAAAGUCUAGAAGCAGAUCUCUCAUUUUUAAUAGAAUUAACUGGGUUUAAUUUCAUUAGUCAUUCCAAGAAAACAGUGGAAAAAACUCAAAACGGGACGCUGCAGAAGCAUAGAUUAUCAGGGAAGUGUCACUCCCUGUCUUUUCAGCUGGAAUUUCAGCUUCUUGAAAUGGAGAACAAUGAGGAAGUGUCUGCUGUUGUUAGUGAUCUCAGUAUUAUAAUGGAAUCCACAGAAGAUUCAAAUGUGAGCAAGUUUCUGUCACGCACUGAAGAACGUGGAGAUCUUCUAACAUUUUUCAGAAGCAUUUCAACCUAUGCUGAGUGGUAUGAACAUCGUAAACAUACCUUCCUGCAUUUCAAGGCCAAGUAUCCUGAAAUUGUGAGCCUUCCGGAAGGACUGCUGGGAGAUUUCAUGAUUCUAAGGAACCCCAAAGUUUCUGGGUUUGAAUUGAUGAUUGUCUGGAAGAUCCAUCUGGAUGAAGAAGGGAUCACUACACCUGUCCUGGACCUGCUGCCCAAAAUACCAAAGCAAGUCCUGGAGCAGAGGAUGAGCAGCGUGGAGAGCAUCCCUGGCAAGUUCCGGAGCGCACUCCGGCUCUUCGGGAUCGAGGCAGCCAUCGAGAACCUGAUCAAAGUGCUGGGCUCAGGAAAAUGAAUGCCAGCAUUACUUACACCAGGUAGCAAUUUCAAAAGUAGUUUUAAUUAAGAUAUUGUGUUACACAGUCUGUAAUUUUAUUGAAUAUAAACAUUAAGUUAUUUUCCAUUUAGAAACCAUACUCAUAAAACAUGCUAUCUGUACAAUUAUGGCACGUUAUAUAUAAAUUGUCAUGACAUGAAAAUAAAUACAGCCAUUUAAAUACAAAAAUGCCAAAUAAAAUAGUUACAUGUA